CACAUGUUGUUUCCCCUCCUCAGUCCGGACACCAGCAGACAUGUGUUAUUUAUUGCUCAGCUGUGGGAGAAGACGAACGAACGCACAGCCGGCUCUGGAAAUAGAGGAUUAAAAUAAAGCGCGUCGUUUCUUGUGCAACUCGAGGGAAGAGGAACGCAUUGUGUCUGAUAGUGAAGGACGCGAGAAUGGCGAGUCCGCCAAACACUGGAGAUCAGCCCUUAUCACCGACGAACACGAACGCGAACAACAAUAUCAAGAAAUGUGGAUAUCUAAAGAAGCAGAAACACGGACACAAGCGCUUUUUCGUACUGAAAGAGCCGAGCGAAGGUUUCCCUGCCCGGCUGGAGUACUACGAGAGCGAGAAGAAAUGGAAAAACAAAUCGGCCGCGAAGAGAGUUAUUCCUCUGGACUGCUGCCUUAAUAUCAACAAGAGAGCGGACGCAAAACACAAAUAUCUUAUUGCGCUUUAUACUAAGGAUGAGUAUUUUGCCGUGGCGUCAGAAAACGAGCAAGAACAGGAGAGCUGGUAUCGGGUGCUGACGGAUUUAAUGGCAGAGGGGAAAGUAUACGACGGCUCGGCGUCUAACUCUGCGUCCUCGCUGGUUGGCUUCGACGAGGCGAGCUACGGUGUAAUAACGCCGGUUACCGCCGCCUACAAGGAGGUAUGGCAAGUCAAUUUGAAAUCUAAAGGGCUUGGGCAGAGCAGAAAUUUGACCGGGGUGUACCGGCUCUGUCUCUCCAGUCGGACUAUCAGCUUUGUCAAGCUAAACACGGAGGUCGCCUCAGUCAUCUUACAGUUGAUGAAUAUCCGGAGGUGCGGCCACUCUGAUAGCUUUUUCUUCAUCGAGGUUGGUCGAUCGGCAGCCACGGGACCCGGCGAGUUGUGGAUGCAGGCUGAUGACUCAGUAGUGGCGCAAAACAUCCAUGAAACUAUCUUGGAGGCGAUGAAAGCCAUGAAGGAGUUGUCGGAAUUUCGUCCGCGCAGCAAAAGUCAGUCAUCUGGUACAAACCCCAUCUCUGUGCCCACACGGCGGCACCUGAACCAUCUCCCCCCCAGCCAGACCGGCCUUCCCCGGCGGUCACGUACUGACAGCAUGGCUGCAACCUCUCCUGUUAGCAAAUUUUCCUCCUGCCGAAUACGUACGGCUAGCGAGGGCGAUGGCACUAUGACACGCCCCAUGUCAGUGACUGGAAGCCCCCUCAGUCCAGGGGUCCACAGGACCCUCCUGAGCAGAUCUCACACUAUUACAACGCGCCCUUAUCGGACAUUUGAAUCUUCUUCCCUCCAGCACAGUAAAUCAAUGUCUAUGCCUCUGUCUCAUUCCCUGCCCAUGGCUGCCCCUAGCUUAGUGAGCCUGUCCUCUUGCCCAGACAGCAGUGCUCCUCGCCCCUCCAGCUGUAGUGCCUCCUUCUCUGGCUCCCCCAGUGAUGCAGGGUUUAUAUCAUGUGAGGAAUAUGGCUCUAGCCCGGCUGAUCCAAGGGACCUCAGGCUACCACUCACCUUCGGUAGCAACACCCCUGAGUCUCUCAAAGCUGACACUCCCCCCUCCCGGGAUGGCAGUGAGCUUGAUGGAUACAUGGUGAUGGAGCGGCAGAAUCAGAGUGGUUACCGGCGGUUAUCAGAGCUGGACAAGGCUUAUCGAAAGCGCACAUACUCCCUCACUACCCCCCGCCAGCAGAGGGGUCCCCCACAAGUAUCUUCAGCCUCUUUGGAUGAGUAUACUCUUAUGAGGGCCACAUACACCAGUGGAAACCAGUCUUCUCGCAGGUGUCACACUGCCUCCCCUAAAGGGAUCUAUCCUGAGGACUACAGGGAUGUCCAGAUUGGCUCUAGCAGUGUCAAAGGUGACAGUGGCUAUAUGCCUAUGAUGCCAGGUGUGGCACCUCAGACACCAGGGUCUAAGGGUGACCCCUACAUGCCCAUGAGCCCCAUGUGUGUUUCUGCUCCAAAGCAGAUUAUCAACCCCCGCACACACUCCUCCUCAGCAGGGCUGGCCCCACGCACAGACUCUCCCGGGAGUGUUUCUCUGGAGGACCGUGGCUAUAUGCGCAUGUGGUGUGGAACCAAGAUGUCAGUGGAGAGCACUGAUGGAAAGCUCACUAAUGGAGAGUACCUGAACAUGUCUCCUGUCGAUCCUCUGGUGUCACUCACACCCCCAGAAUACAUCCUUAAUUCUCCAGGAGGAGAUCCCCACCCCCAGCAACAUCACAGACAGCCUUAUACUUACAGCUCCCUGCCACGCUCACUUAAAAGCCAGUUGCAGCGCAACGGGUCCACAGACACAGACCAGUAUGUGGUGAUGAGUUUACAGAGACAACGGAUAGAAGAGGAGUCCAACUAUUGUCCUAUCUCUCCGGGAGACUCUGUGGCCAUCAGCUCCCCAGGCACACCAGGCACACCAGGCACCCCUUCCUCUGCUCAGUCUCCUCUCAGACUGGCUCGGGUAGAUGGAGGUCUGGUACACCGAAAUCGGGUGUGUCGGCCCACCCGCCUGGCUCUGGAAUCCCUCAGAACCCUACCAUGUAUGAGUGAACACCCACUUCCCUCAGAGCCACGCAGCCCAGGAGAGUAUAUCAACAUAGACUUCAGUAGUAGUGACCACAACCCUCUGGCAUCCACAGUGUCAGAGAGCUCUGAGUCCUCUGUGAGUUCAUCGUAUGCAGAGAAGGGAUCCCUGCCACUAUCAGACUAUGUUAAUGUUGAUGUCAGCUCCCCGGGUCACCUCAGCUCACACCAGGCUGUAAGUUCUCCCCCUGCAGAAGUCUUGACUUGUCCGAAUCUGCUGACUGUUCAGGACAUACAGGGAGAUGAGGAGGGAAAAGAGGGAAAAAGCAUAGAGGGACAGGCAGAGGUGAGGGGGAUGGUAGAGGAAUAUCCUCUCCAACAGCAGGUGAGCUUGGUGUGUCCGCCUGCUCCAGUCAAGGAUGACUACACUGAGAUGACUUUCAGUCCUCAUGCCCCUCUACCUGCUCUCUGCACCACUGAUGCUGCUCCCCUCCCCACCAGCCCCACUGCCUGUGUCCAGAGACUAAGCCUUGACAGCAGCAUUGUGGAUGGGGUUCCUCAUGUGCCGGUGGACUCUUUUCUUCUGGGGGGUCCGUCGUUGACUGUCACGCUCGUGGACCCACACAGAGGGGCCAAAGUGAUCCGGGCAGACCCUCAGGGACGCCGGCGUCACAGUUCUGAGACCUUCUCCUCCACCACCACUGUCACACCCGUGUGCCCAUCUUUUGCCCAUGACACCAAACGACACAGCUCUGCCUCUGUGGAGAACGUAUCCCGCACUGUACGCAGCUCUGAGGGACCCGACGAGGACUAUGGCAGCAACAGCCUCAUGUGCAGGGAGACGUCAGCUGGUUAUCAGAAUGGUCUCAACUACAUUGCCUUAAACUUGAUGGAGGGAAACCUAGGAGGAUGCCGGUUAGGUGGCUGUGAAGGACUCCUGAGAUUCAAGACAGCCUGUGGUUGCAAGGGUGGCAUGAAUGGUUUCAACACUAGCCCCUAUGCCAGCCUGGGAUUCAAGGAGACUGCUGCUGCUGUGAAAGAAUGAUGGCUGACGGGUCCUCCCACCCCCACCCUCCUCCACGACUCUCCUUUUCCUGGGAUUGUAGGAUUUCGCUGCAGCCUAGUGACGAGGUCGCCACAGCGACAGCUGGACCAUGCGCUGCAGCCGAUGUCCUUUGACCUCCCUGUCGUCUUUGAGGGUCACAGGGACAGCCAUCACCAUGGCAACACGGACACUUAACCCUUGCCCCAAAUCUUCCCUCUGCUUUUCCUGGCACCAAAACAUUCAGGCGCCAUCGCUGCUGCUGUACUAGAUUACUUAAAAUAUUCUUAAAAAAUGGACUAUUAACUCUAACUAUAGGCAGGUAACUAUUUAUCUCUGUAUGUAGGCCUGCAAAAAUGAUUCUGCAGUAUAUUAUGUUAAUUAUUAUUGUUGUUCUAUUCAUACACUUUCAGCUGGUUUUCUUUUGGUGUCAUCCAAUAGUUGUCAGAUUCUCACCUUAAAACCUGUGAACCAAACCUGGAGAACACGUAC